CGUGGCUAGCCGACACACUGUUGCGGUAGUUCGACACAUGUGGCCCCGUCGUAACGGGGUGCUUGACAACACAUGGAAGAGAUUGAGUGAACAUGCGGAUAUGUGACUGCAUUUAGGGAUACCUGAAGAUGGACAAGGGGGGGGAACCGUCCCCUGCUGCCCGGUCCCGUGAGCUCAAACAACUGAGGAAACGGGCGGACGAUUCUGCUGAGUCACACACGGCCCCACCAACAACUCUCGUUUCACCAAAUCCAUAUGCGUCUGAUCAGAGUUUAAGAGGGAGCACAAGGAAUUCGGGUCCGAGAAGGCAGCAUGCAUCCGAUGCAAAUGGAGUGCCUGCAGGAAAGUGGGUGGAUGUGUCAAGGAGUCACGGCUACAGCAACAGCCGUCGCGUUAGAGACACCGGGGAUGAUUUCCUGCAGAGAGGCAGGUCCUCGCGGGGUCUUCAAGCCAAGGCAUCGAAAGGCAAUAGUGGUGUUCAUGCUCAAGGAAAAGUUGUGGGCAAGAACUCACUGGAUGCACAGCAAAGAGGGUUUAGAGGCGCCAGAUCUCUCCCGAACUCUGCAGGGCCAGACUUGAUCCCAUUCGAAGUGAAGAUGACCGACUUUCCAGAGUUAGCUGUCGGUUCACUGGGAAAAGCAGGCCCGCCUAUUCAGCUGGAGAGCCGGGGUCCAACCAUUCCGUCCUCGAGCCCCCAAAUGCGAUCAGCGGCAUCUUCCUGGAAGUCUGUGAGGAAAGGACCCCCAACGCAAACUGACCCCCGACAAAUUGCCAUUAAUGCUGUGCCGGAUACUGCUGAUUCACCAGGUCAUGUGGGUGGUACUUCCUGGGCUAAUGUUGCCUCUCAGCCUCCAAAGAAACCUGUCCCUAAAGAGAAGACAAUCGCCAUCAAUGAGCAGACAGAGGAAACGGCUGCACAGCGGGAGGAGGGAGCUCCAGGGAAGAGAAAACGCAAGAAAAAGAAGAAGGCGAAAGGUGCUGUUGAAGACGCAGAAGAUGAGUCCGAAGAGCCAGCAACAUAUCAGGAGCUUCCAAAAUUUGAGGAUGAAGAAGAGUUUCCAGGUUUGUCUCCUGCUGUGACCAGAACUGAAAGAUUGAAAACAAGCAGCUAUGUAGCAAAACUAUGCAAAGAGGAAAACCAAAGACAAGGUGUUCAGCAUCAGUCUGCAGACCACAAGGAAAAAGCACCUGCAGAGGCAGCUAAGAAAGGACAGAAACUUGAAAAGCUUUCUGGGAAGAAAAGCAAAGUUCCCGUUCAGCUGGACAUCGGAAACAUGUUGGUCGCCCUCGAAAUGAAGCAAUCCCAAAAAGCAAAGCCGGUCAUUCUCUCGGUUGGUGGCGGACUGACUGCUGUCCAGAAGCAGAAGAAGCUGCCCUGGCACCAGGAUAAAAUUGCACACAAUCCUCUGGACUCCACCAGCCCUUUGGUAAAGAAAGGCAAGCAGAGAGAGGUGCCCAAAGCCAAGAAACCAACUCCUCUCAAAAAGGUAAUUUUGAAGGAACGGGAGGAGAGGAAACAAAAACGUUUGCUGGAAGAGAGAGCACUGCCUCCGGAAUGCGAGUUCACACCCGCUAAUGAGGAUGAUGAUGCUGCAGAAGCAGCAGCAGCAGAAGAAGAAGAACCGGUUGAAACAAAGGCCACAGCCUCCGAUGAGGUUGGAAGUCCGAGAGAAGAACUUGAGGAUCUGUCGGACUUUAACGGCACGGACCAGAUGGUGAACGAGGCUGACAAAGAGGCCGACGAAGAGGCCGACAAAGCCGAAAUCGUGGAGCAACAGACCAUCUCACCCGUGCCCUGCCCAGCCAGUCGGCCCAAAAUCCACAGCAGAAAGUUCCGAGAUUAUUGCAGUCAGAUGCUGAGCAAAGACGUGGAUGAAUGUGUGACGACUCUGCUAAAGGAGCUGGUUCGUUUCCAGGACCGCCUGUACCAGAAGGACCCCAUGAAGGCCCGCAUGAAACGACGCAUAGUGAUGGGGCUCAGAGAGGUUCUGAAGCACCUCAAACUCAGGAAGGUCAAGUGUGUCAUCCUCUCACCCAACUGUGAGCGCAUCCAGUCCAAAGGCGGCCUGGACGAGGCUCUUUACACCAUCAUCGACACUUGUCGGGAACAGGGCGUUCCGUUCGUGUUUGCCCUCUCCAGGAAAGCUCUGGGUCGCUGCGUCAACAAGGCCGUGCCCGUCAGCCUGGUGGGCAUCUUCAACUACGACGGUGCACAGGACUUCUACCAUAAGAUGAUAGAGUUGUCGUCUGAGGCCAGGAGGGCCUACGAGGUGAUGGUGUCGAGCCUGGAGCAGACGGGCCAGGCGGACCCGGAGGAGGAGGAGGCGGCGGCGGCGGAGAGCGUUGAGGAGAAGCUCGGACAUGACGCCACACAGCCAGAGGAGCCAGAGUACAUGAAAAUGUGGAAGAGAAUGCUGGAGAAGGAUUGCAACCACAAGUUCCUGAACUUUGAGUCGCAGUUGAGCUCCAUGCACUUGGACAGCGUAUGUGCCGAAAACGCGGAUGAAGAUGAAAAGAGUUGACGGUGGCGAACCCCGUUGUGCCUAAAACAAUGAAUGCAGCCACUCGCUGAUCACCAGCUCUGAUUAAACUAAACUGGACUUUAAUCACAGGUGCAGAUAACACCAGCUGCUCCGCUGCAGUGGUUGUCUACCUGAAGAUUUUUGUAAGGAAAUGAAUUAUGUUGCUGCGGUUUAUAAUUAUCAUUUUUUCUUAUUUUUUAAAUAGAUGGAACAAACACAAAAUAAUUAUGCAUCAAACUUAAGAAAUGUUCCUGUGUUUUAGUUGUACUUUAAAACAUGUGUGGGUUAAAAAACUGGAGAUAUUUAAUCAGGACAAGACCACUAAUCCCACAAAAUAUGAACCUUUGAGAGGAUGUGCAGGAGAUAAUGUACUGAACAGUAUGUCAAUACUAAGAUGUUCUCAGUGGAGCCAUUAAGCAGCAUUCUGUUUUUAUCUUAUUCAGGUUUAAAGCAUGUCACGGGUCUGGCCUAUUUGGUCCUUUUUUUUAUUUUAGGCUUUGGAGAGAUGACGGAGGACAUGGAGAGAGGCAGCAGCAAAGGCUGAGCCUCAGCAUUGCAAGUACUCUAAUUGAUACGGGCUCAAAUUAGGGCCAGUAGGAUUUAGAGGAAUAUCACCUGUGGUAAAACUUUCAUGUUGGAUUUGUAACUACACAUUCUAGUUUAAACACUGAGUUUCACCACACUGCACUCAGGUGCUCACUAAAGUUUUUCCUCAGUGUUUUUUGGAACUUCAUUGUUGAUGUAAUUUGUGAACGUUUAUUCACGUCCACAAUCUGCUUUUCUAAUAUUCAAAGAUAGAGUUCGACUUCUGAAUUAUUUCUGUACAAUGUUUCACAGGCUCAAAAUCUAAUUGAACCUUAUUUGACCCACGGUCGUAAACCCUUUAGCUACCACGACAUGUAUUGGUGACUUCUUUUUUUUUUAUCUUGAUUGCACUAUAGUAGAGCCUGUGUUUAUUUUUGAGACUACAAAAAGUACUGAACAUUUUGAUAGUACUCCUUGUGAUAGGUGUAAAUUAUAGCAUUUGAUUUUCUUUAAUAGGAAACAUUUUUUAAACAUGUUUACUUGACUUGAAAAAGCUUGUCUUUUUUUGUUGUGCUACCGUGAGCAAUAAAAAGUUAUAAAAUAGUAUGAUAAAACAAGUUACAAUGCUAAAAGCUAGGUGGCAGUAUUCAUUGAAAAAGACCAAUUAAAGUCUCUACACAAUCUUAGAUUUCACACGGCUCUCACAGCAAAAAAAGUCUGACAUUGAGAAGUAAUCAGUUUACGAUGCGACUACAGCCAGCAGCUUGUUUGCUUGGCAUGAGAGUCGAAAUUUUCCACAAUCACAUUAUAUAUGAUUUGAUUAAUCAGUGCAGUACUUUUGGUUUGUGGGGCAUUCAUGUGUAAGAGUAUUUCUGGAGUUAAAAUACUCCCCCGUAAAAAAUUAAAGUGUAAUUCUAUUGUUGCAGCCAUAUUCAAUUCCCCACCAGAAAGUGAAUAACCGUAUUUCACACAACGGUUUCUUUAAAUGCUGCAGGUAGUAAUGAGGAAUGAAAAUGUAAUAAUUUUUUUUUAAUGAUUUGAAUAUUUGAAACAAAGAAAGUAAGAUAAAGAGUAUGAACUGAUGGUUCACUCGUUGCUUGAAUAGGAAAGUCAAUGCAGGAGUGUUUUAUUCCUUCAAGAUGAAUGCACAGUAAAUGCAGUGUUUACUUCAAGUGAAUGUGGGUCAUUAAACAAAUAAAUGAAACGAGUGUUUUUUUUGUUUUUUUGGAACCUUUAAUUGAUGAACAUUCUGUCAAUAGACAUCACACACGCCUGUAGGCUGCAACAUUUUGGAACAAAAACCAAUGUAUCAAAUUAGUUAUUUUACUAUCAGUUACAUUAAGUAUCUUGCAGAAUUUGGAAAACGUUUG